AUGUCCGCCCUCUUCAACUUCCAGUCCCUCCUCCUCGUCCUCCUGCUGCUCAUCUGCACGAGCGCAUACGUCCACCACUUCACUCCGAGUAUCAUGGACAGGAAUAAGAACGGGUUCAUGGGCAUCUUCUGGAAAUGCGCAAGGAUAGGAGAACGAUUGAGUCCAUACAUAAGCAUAUGCUGUGUCCUCAUGGCUGUCUCCAUCCUCCUGAACUAG